GCCAGUACUUUGGGUCGAUUUACUGGGGGAUUCAGUUUGACCUUUUUAGCUUUAAUAAGUGUGUGUUUUUUUGCCUUGAAAAAUGGACGUUUCAGUCGAGGCAAAAACCAAACCGCUUGCCACCUUGUCUGCCUACAGUUACAUCCCACCACGACGAAAGGACCCAAAGGAAAUGUCGUUUUAUAACCAAGUCUCCAAGGCCCCGGAAGUCUCCAUGUACGACCAAGUGUUCAAUCAGACUGAGGGUUACGACAUGAGGCUGCACCGGGAUGACAGGAAACACUAUAAAGGGAGAGGGCUGGACAUAAACAAGGAGGAGAAGUCACUGGUCAUUCCGCUGCGCUCCUCUGCAGAGUACGGCCGUCACCCUGUUCCUGCCCUCUACCAACCGAGCCGGCAGUACUGUCGUGUCGCUUGCAUAAAAGCCGAAUUUUUCAGGAAAAACGGGAUCAUCUGGAAUGUGGCAGAGGCGUACGGAUCAGUGACCCCUAUUUGAAUCAUAAAAUAAGAUGAAAGUGAAAAUAAUAAACCAGUGUUAGCAUGUAGAUAUCAGUUGAAUCGAUGAAAAGAAAUCAGGAUCAAGCAAACCUUUAGUCAGGAUACACUUCAUUAUGAUGCAUUCCUUACGGUUAUGAGCCAUAAAAAGGUUUCUUAAAUUGAAAUACAUCCGUCAAAAAUAUCAGAUAUUAAGACACUGAGGUUUCCUAGGAAGCUCAAGCUAUGUUUUCUAGUUUGAAGCUCAAAUUGCUUCGUGUUAUUUAAGGUUCAGCUGGUACAAAUCCAAAAUGUCUUCCAGUUAUUACAUCUUGAUAUUGCACGAUAUUAAAGAUCAGUCUAGGUGUUCAGAUUUCUGCCUUUAGUAUUAUGACUGCUUUUGUAUAAAGGACAGAAUGUUCUUUAGGGAAGGAAUGAUGUGGAUUUUUAUUAGACAGGAUUUCUCUGUUGAGCGUUCCUCUUUUUACUUACAGAGGGACAAAAUGAAUCCACAUAAAGUGUACAAGUUACAAAGUAUUUGAUCACCCUUUAUUUCUUUAAUCUUUAUCCACAUCAAUUACCUCUUUGAUUUGAAAGUUCUUUGAUUCCUUUUUUACAAAUACUAAACCUGUGCAACUACGACCAACCUCUUACAUAAUAGGUGUUUUUUUUUAACAUUGACAUCUCUUAUUGUCUUCUGCCUUUGUACUCUGGCAGAAAUAGAGCAUUUAUUAUUAGAAAAGAUGCAGCAUUUGAAUCUGUUCCUUUGUCACAGCAGUGUUUAUUUAAGAGGUGAUCUCAUAGCCGAGUAAAUUAGAAAUGUUGUUGCGUGAAGUGGACAAAACACUUUCUAAAACAAUGGUUUCACACCUCCGUAAGAGAUUCAUCCUGAGAGAUUUCUGCAGUAAAUGUAGCUCAUUACAUCGCGGUCCAUUUCAGUUGGACAGCGUUGAUUAUAAUUACUGUUCUAACUCACAAGAAGAAAAUAUCUGAGGAUAGUGUUCAUACUAAAAAAUACAACGUUUUAGUGAUUAUUUGCAUCAUUUAACCAGAGGGUAUUUUAAUAAAUGUGGUUUUGAAACAGAUACUAACAUUUUAUUAUGUUAAAUAUAAAGAAAUACAUUGACAUUUAAGAAAAAAGCAUCUUUGAUAAUACAUGAUCUCUCCAUUGCUAUAGAUCUCCAUAGUAUUUCCUAAAAAUCUCCUAUAUUGCUUUUAAAAAGAUCAUAUGAUAUUAAAGGUUAUUAUGUCUCAAAAGGUUAAGGUAUUCACGUGAACUACAACAUGAUUGUGUGAUAUAAUAGAUGCUAGUUUAAUAGCUACUGCUCAAGUAGGGAGCAGUAUUACUAAUACAUUCUGGCUUAUGUAAUGAAAACAAUAAAUCAGCGGUUUUCAGAUGAGCUUAGAAAGAAGUCACCCACUCACCUUCCUUAGUUUUCUUAGUUUUGAUCAUUUGCUGGAUGCCUAAGGGGUUAUGAUAGUUUUUAUCAGACACACAGUGGCUCUUCUUUGUGACCUUCUUUUCGUAAUGGAUGUAAUAUCUCUACUUCUAAUGACUGAGCCUCCCCUUAAACUGUCUUUUGGCUUUUACAAAUCUCAACAAUAAAUAAAUCUGCCAAAUGAAAA